AUGACGCGCGCGCAUUCGUGCGCGCGGUGUAAACGCGCGGCGUACGACGCGGAGAGCGUCGACGUCGACGCGCGAACGCGGUACCACGCGGCGUGUUUCAAGUGCGCGGACUGCGGCGCGCGGUGCGCGAUCGCGACGUUCGUGAAGAUCGGCGAGGAGGUGUACUGCCGGCGGCACGCGCUGGAGCGCGACGUGCGGCGAAAGCCGGCGCUGGGCGCGGACGCGCUGGAGAUCGCGACGUACGCGAAUCGACGGACGACGACGGCGAGGGAAUGGGUGAAAACGGAGACGGAGGGUGCGGCGACGGGACGCGGGACGUCGGCGACGGCGCGCGCGACGGGGGGGACCGCGGGAAGCGCGACGGCGGCGCUGACGCGGUCGGCGUGCGAGCGGUGCGGAAAGGCGGCGUACCCGAUCGAGUCGGUGGACGUCGACGGGAAGAAGUGGCACCGGGCGGGGUGUUUUAAGUGCGCGACGUGCGGGGUGGCGCUGAGUUUGACGACGUUCGUGAAGUUUGACGGGGAGUUGUAUUGCCGGCGGGACGCGCCGAAGAGCGCGCCGUCGUUUGAACGCGAGAGCUCGUCGGCGGGGAUCGAGAUUGAGAUCGAGAGCGCGCCGGUGAAGGCGAUGAGCGUCGCGGACGAGAUCGUGGUUGAAAAGGCGGCGGCGGUGGAAGAGCGGGCGGCGGCCGAAAUCGCCGCGACCGCGGACGAGAUUGAAAUCGAAGCGAGCGAAAAUGAACCGCCGGCGGUGGCGCGCGACGCGAAAGACGCGUUGGAAAGUCUUGAACCGGCGUCGAACGAGGACGUCGAAGCGAUCACCGAGAAUAUCGCUGCGACGAAAAUUGCAGACGAUUCCGCGACGAUUCCGAAGCCGCAUACCGUCGCCGGCGGACGCGGCGGCGGCAAGAAGAAGAAUAAGAAAAAAAGUGGAGGUCGCAAGUGA